AUGAGUGAUCAUGAAUCAUUGUUUAGAUUAUUGGGAAAAUUGGAGAAUGUUCAAUAUUUGAAGGGAAUUAAACAAAUUUAUAAUCACGAGCUUAUUGAAAAAAUCAUUGCAUGUUUACCCAAAUUGAGGGAUUGUGAAGAGUAUUUCUAUAUGGGAAGAGCAAAAAUUGCUGGAUUGUGUCCAGAGUAUGAAAUUGUUGAUAUUUCGGGUAUUUUGUGGAUGACAGAUGAGGAAAUUGAAAAUUUAAAUGUUAAAAGAUUCAAGAUUGGACUUGUUGGAGAAUGUACAGGUCAUAAGGACAGAUUUUCGCAAGUCUUUAAGAAAUUUCACUAUUUGGAGGAGAUUAGGAUGGAAUCAAUGUAUUCUCCUUUUGUUCUUUGGAGUCUUAUUAAGGAGGAAAGAGAGUUUAGGAUUGAAUACAAUAAGAAAUUAUCAAUGACUGAAAAACAAGAUAAUGGUGGAGAUUAUUAUCCUGAAACAAUACAUAUCAAGAUUAAUGAUGAAGUUAAUAUUGACCCAGAGUUUCAAUUCAAUUCUCAUUUUCCGCUAAGUGUUGAAACGAGUAGAAAAGAACAACUUCAAGAGUUGGCUCCCUAUUGUGAAAAGAUUGAUUAUUAUGGAAGUAUUAAGGAUUUGCUUUUACUGUUGAAAAAUGAGGGCAAUAUUAAGCAGUUGAAGGAAUUGGAUCUUUCCAAAAAUAAUCAUAAUUGGAUAACUCCAAGGAAUACCAUUCAAUCAACUGUUAUUGUAGGAGAUGAGAAAUUAUCCAAUCUCACUAUGGAAUUGUUCAGAAAGGUUAUUGUUCAAUUAAUGAACCGUUUGAAAUCAUUACAAAUUGUCAAAUUAUCAUUACCAUUCACCAUUCUAGUCUUGUUUGGAAAAGACCUGAAGCCAAACAUGUCUCAUUAUAACCUUGAAAAGCAUGCAAUUUUAGAUUGGAUUCCAUUGAACUAUUAUGCAUCUGUGGAAAAUUAUGGAGAAACUAUUCCCAAGUUGAUUUUGAAAAAGAGGACAAGCUCUCCUCAAUACAAGGAGCCAACAGAAUAUGAAACAAUUGAUUUUUCCAUAUUGAAUCCUCCCAAAGUGCAAGUAAAACCUAUUGGAGAUAUAUCGAAUGAUUAUCAACCAACAGGUUUUGGAUUACUAGAUGAUGUAUGGUAA